CUUCUGUAGCUCAGUUGGUAGAGCAUGGUGCUUGUAACGCCAGGGUAGUGGGUUCGAUUCAUGCACACAUGACUGUAAGUCGCUUUGGAUAAAAGCGUCAGCUAAAUGGCAUAUAUUAUUAUAUUAUUAUUAUUAUAUUAUCCAAAGCCUCGUCUCAGAGUCGGACCAACACUUAACCCACACAGCAGAGACUCAGGUAGGACCCUUCAUUUAUUAAACUAUUGUGUCUUUAUUGUGAGAGCUCUGGUAAGACUUCCAAAGUAUUCAUUACAGACGGCACAUGAACUUGAAACUUACUAGUGAACACAGUACAUUGGCAUCUCUAAUACUUUGACGGAUACAGUACCGUGACAGCUUUCUUGUUUCCAUAACAGGUCUGGCAGCAGGACAUAUGGAGGAGCCCUUAUGCUUACGUACCAACCCCGUCCAAAGACUUCCUCCCCCUAACAAGCCCCUCCCAACUUUAAAAAUAAACAGUAUUGUUCAGAGAAUGGUCCACAUGAACACUGAGAACAGAAGCAGUGGAUCCAUGGUUGUCAUUGACACUGAGGGCUCAGGAGAGGAUUUGCAUUAUACACAGCUUCCAAAAGGCAGCCAGGAGAGGCUGAACACUGCUGUGACAGACAAGCUGAAAGCAAACUGCAGAGAGAAAAACGGUUUAUUGGAAACCUUGUGGCAGGAACGCAAACUGGUGCAAGAGAGCGGAAUACUGCCGUACCUCAACAAGCAAGAGCUGCUGCUACAGGAGAGUAUGUAUGAGGUGGUGACGACAGAGCAGUCCUACGUGGAGAGGCUGGGUGUCGCUGUGAACCAUUUCAUGAAGUCAUCUACCCUGCGUCUAGCCCUGUCACCCAGAGACCACAAGUCCCUUUUCUCUAGUAUUGCCAAGAUCAGGGAGAUUAGCCAGAAAUUUUUAGAUGCGAUGAAGGAGGAGCUGGAGUCUAACCUGCUAUGUGACAUGUUGUGUGAUGUCAUCCAUCGCCACACCAGCAGCCACUUCGGUGCCUAUGUGGACUACAUCCGUAACAUGCGUUACCAGGAACAGACCAUGCACAACCUGGGGAGGGAGAACCCCCAGAUCAUGGAAAUAUUACGGGAGCUACAAGAUGACCAACGCUGUUAUCGUCUGCCCCUGAAGUCCUUCCUGGUCCUUCCCUUUCAGAGGAUCACACGACUCAAGAUCCUCAUAGAGAACAUUUUGAAGAGUACAGAGCGGGGUUCAGAGAGGCAGGUGUCUGCAGAGAAAGCACUGAGAGCACUCAUAAAGGUAGUUGAGGCCUGCAAUAGGGAGGUGGGGAGGAUGAAGAUGAUGGAGGAAAUUGUUCACAUCGCCAACAAAACUGAGUUUGAAUGCAAGGUGAAAAAAAAAUGCUAAAUUUCCUCUUCAAUGACCUACUGCUGGUGACCACUAGGAAAGGGUCUGUGGGGAUGCAUCAUCUUACACUUACUAUACAGUCCUAGUAUAGUAGUCUGCGUUUCAGUCUCAAGUUACCAUACACUGACUGUUAUGAUGUUGGUGUGCCUGAUAACAACAUUUAAAUUGAAUCUUAGCAUGGAUCGGUUUGUGGUGCGGGAUCAUGUUCACCGUUCCCCGAUAGAGGUGAGUGAAGGACAGGAGGAGAAGGAGGAUUUGGUGUGUGCUUCAUGGGAGAGGAUGUUCUGCCUCGCUCUGCUGAAGAACCAGAGGGGAACCACAUCUCAGUUCCUGCUGCAGGCCUCCACACAGUAAGUUUACCACAUGUCCUAAAGAUCAGCAAAAUCACAUAUUAGUUCCUGCUUCAGCCACCUCGUAGUGAGUUAGUUUACACAUCCUAGAUCAGACCACUGAAGCAUGUAACCACACAGAAUAUGUAUAUCUAUAGGAUCAGACAGGCAGUACUACUACACUAGCCCACAUAAAAAAU